AUUAAAUUUGUUUCCUAUAAGAAUUGCAUAUAUGUAUCAUGAUUCUUCAUAGCCUAAAUAAUGUGAUUUGUGUGAACAAAAUCAUGUGCUUUGUAAAAGUUAUAGCUAUAACUUGACAUAUGGGUUGGAAUUGGAACUCUGAAGUGUAGGAAGUGCAUCAUGAAUUGUAUAAUAUUUGGGGCAAAGACCAUUUUCAGUCAAAAUAAAUGAACCACCAGUAGUAAACAAGUCAAAAUAGGUUAUGUUAUCAUAUUUUGUUUUAAUGGCUCGUGAUGUAAUCCAUUUAAACUAACAUAACGUAAAUAUUUGUUUGACGUUGUUUACUUUGGAUAAACCACUAAUAUUAAAACAUUUGUAUGGAAAUUGAUAGAGCUUUUAUAUUAAAUUGAAAUUUGAGAGUCUGUCAAAUCUGAAUCGUUUGUUUUGUGAUAGUGGGAAGUUAAUUUUUAAACAUUAAUAGGAUUAUAAUAUAUUGAUCGUGUCUGUGAUAGUGAUUUAACAUUAUUUAGGAACAACUUGAUAUGUGAAACAUAUUCGUAGUGUUAUAAUGGAAUUUGAUUCCCAAAGUCAAUGUUCUGAUGAAGGUGUAGAGUUAUCUAUAUCAGAAAAUGGGGAAAUAUACUUGUCGGACUAUCCCUUUUUGGAAGACACGCAACCAUCAUUUUUGGAGGCAAAAACAGUAUAUUUGUUAAUGCAAAAGGAUGUUCCAAUUUCAAGAGCCUCACGUUUGCAGUGGCUUUUAGACCAUUUGAAUACCAUAGUUACUCCUAGUCAAAAAGUAGCGGAGAUAUCCAACAAUUUGGAGAUAAUAUCUGCUAUUCCUAGAGAACACAGUCUGCCAAUGAAAUGUAAUAGAUUUUUAGUCACCUAUCGGACUGAAGUAAAAUUCAUAGCUCAAAGCUACCGAUUUGUAUACUGUUUAGACAUGAGUCCAUCACAUGCAAACGUAGAUACUCAGAAGAAUAGUAUCCUGUUUGAUGAGAUUUUGAAUUGUUUUAAUGCUAGUAUAGAUGGGCUUUGUAAAGAGUUUACAAUUCCUGGAAGUUCAAUAACCCUUCAACCAAAUAUAUACCUCACUGUAAUAGUAAACACUCCAUUUUUUUUAAGUCCCGCACAACAAGUUCUUGUCAAAGGAGUGCAAAUAACAGUAAAUAAUCUUAAAGAAAUCUUAAAAUAUGUUGAAAGACAGUUUCACAUUCUAGAAGAAAAAAUUGCAGACGUUUGUUCCAAAGCUCUGGAUCACCUUGAUUCUCAGAGGAAUCAAAAUGAACAUUUAAUGGGCGAUUUAUUUGAUUCACCAGAUACUGGAAAGAUGUAUUCUCGCAUACCUAUGGUGACACCAGAUGUCAAUUUUGUAAAUAUGCUACGGUACUCAAUGCUAGCUAUCUCUCUUCUUCCAGAGAACAGCUUAAGUCAUAUUCUAGUCAUAACAGAUGGGGUAGUUGCAAUGCCGGAUUCAAACAUAAUGGAAUCUUUACUGUUUCAAUUACACUAUGAUAGUAUAGCCAUUUCAUUUUUGAAAGUUGGUUCUAGUUUUCAUCCUCAUUCAGGUGCUGGAUUUGUUUCAUAUACCGAAUUAUUAUAUUUCUUUGCAUAUUCCACUUUAGGAACAUGCUUGGAAAAUUUUGUUAAAGUCCCACGUGAGCCGUCCACAGAAAUGAACAUUUACCAUGAACUAUUUCUAUUAUGGUCAUUUCACAGCACCAACCGAUACGCUUGUUCUAAAGUAUGUGAUAGUAACAGAUGGACUUCUGCAAACGAAACUUUUUGUAGCCAUAAAAUGCCAUCUCUACUUUCUAAACGACAGACUGAUGAUAAUGUAAGUGCUUCCAUUUUACUUUUAUUAUCAAGAAGAAUCAGGGAGGGUUUUACAAUAGAUAACAUUUUCUACAUGAAUGGGAACUUAGAAAUUAAACUUAUACUUCAAUGGAAAGCAUCAAUUUACGUUCAUUAUAGAGUAAGAUCUCAAUGGCCUGCUUCUAAAAAUAUCACACAUUUUGAAGUAUACAUAUCAGCUCCUUAUGAGUUUCUUCAUGAUAUUACGUGUAUAAUAAAAAAAGAAUCCAAAUCUUUAUACAGACAAGCUAUUAUAGAACGUUUCUGGAUGAGACUGUCCCAAUUAUCAUCAGGGGAUUUAGGCCUAGCUCAACAAUUAAGUUCUUUCCAAAGUAACAAAGACUGGUAUACUCUCCCAGAGAGUGUACGGAAUGGAAUACCUGUAUAUGUGCUAAAUAACUCCAGUUGUUCAGACGCAACAAGACUCAUUCUGUCUCCAAGUGAUGUUUCAAGUCUAAAGUUCAUAAACAUGUGGCAGCCAAUAUGUCAAAUGGAAACAAAUAACUGGAGGAAAUGGUUCCAUGUUCAUAAAAUUUCUCUAAUCUUGCAGCAUGAUAAUCCUCUUCCCAAGUAUUUACAUUCAGCAAAUGCUUCUCAAAGAUUCCAAAUUGUUCAAUGUAGACAAGCAGCAACAGCUUUGUACGGUCUCCUUGCAGAUUGGGCUACUUUUAUUUUAGUUGACAACCAUACUUACUUAAAACUGCUGUAUAAGGAGAGUGAUAAACCUCCCACUUGGUUCUGCAUAGUCAGAAUUUCCUCAAAAUUUCCUUGUACUGUGCUUAAUAUUGGGUUUACGACAGGCACACCAGGAAAUAUGAGGCAUGAGAUUAUUGAAGACCUAAAACUUGAAGUAUCAGCUUUGUGUUACCUUUCCAGCCCUCAAAAAAUCAAAGAAAAUUAUUGCUGUGUUUUAUUGCAAAAACCGCUAGAAAAAAUUCUUAUAAGGUAUGAAAGAAUUCCUAAUAGCUACUCCACUGUUAUUUUUCCUGAUGGCACUCAACCUCCAAACCCAAGCCUGUAUUUUCCUUCUCCAGUCACAGGAACCUUGUUUACCACACUCUCAAGAUACCUUUUUCAUAAGAGAUGGAUAUGGAGUACAAAUCUUCCUUCAAAUCCCAGACUACCUGAUUAUGCUGUAUCCAGGAUUCUUAAUACUCUUACCAGGAUGAGAAUUAAAGAAGGCUUCAGUUUCGCAUAUUCAGCCUCUGGUAUCAUAACAAUGGUACUAGAAGUAUGGAUGGACACCUGUUCUACAUGUAUCGUUCAAUACGUUCUCUUCCCCGCUCAUUAUGCGAACGUUUGUGAUGAAUCAUACAGUGGCUCAGAUGACGAAAACGAGCAAUCUUCAGACAAUGAAGCAGAGCUACAAAUGGUCACCGAAGUUUGGAUUGAGCCCCAGUAUGGUACUGUUGUACCAAACAAUUCAAGGAUUAGUUAUGCUGACAACAAACAUUAUUUUGAGAUUGCCAAUGCAAUUUAUAAGGUAGACUGUCAGUGUAUCAGUUCUCUUUUAACAAUGGAACAUUUAAACUUAAUGUGUCAAGAUAAAGAUGACCUCGAAGACAAUAAUUUAAGUUUAUUUAAUCACUCAUCUCUGUUGGGUGCUAGUCGAAAAAGUUUUUCACGUAGAAGUAGCAAGAAUAGUUAUGUAGAUUCACCUGUACCUGAGAGAGGAACCCAAUGGUAUCCCAUCCUUUCGGAAAGAAUCGAGCACAUUCCAUUUAAAUUUGACCCAAUAGGCAUCUUGCCUUUGUGUCAACAAACCGAACUGUUAUAUUCGAUGUUUAAAGAGACUAAUGAAAAUAUUUGUUUGAAAGAAUGUAGUGUAGAUAAGGCAAACAAGUUAUUAUUAGAAAACUUUCUAGAACAUUUAGGGUUAUUACAUGACCACGAAUUAGAGCUCACCAAAGAAGAUUCUGAUAGGUUUACACAAGAAGUUUUACUGAGGCAUAAGAACAAACAUCCACAUAUAUGCCCUAUUUCCGAAAGACUCACAUAUGCUAACUCACAUCAAACUGACGAAAAGACUGCUUCUCAGUGGCGAUGCUUUGUAAAGGGCAUAUCAGUCACCCAUGUAAUACUAACAUUCGCCCCAGCUACACUAGAUGAUCUCAAAUCUCUUCUGUCAAGCGAUAGUACAAACAUUCCAAGUCUGAAUCAAAGUUUAGACAGUGUAGAUAGAUCUCCGUCGCGGGAAAGUCAAUACAGCGAUGUACCUAUAAAUAGCUCAACUGUUCUUUGCUUGCCGAUUUAUGUGUUUGAUGCUCCUCUUGCUAGACUAGUCAAUGCUUAUGUAGAUUACUAUGACGAAACUUCUUCUGUUAUGACAAAACAGGACAUUUACGAAGAUCACAGAUUUAAACUAAAUAAUUUUUACGAAGAAGAGUAUAUUAAGUUAAAAUCUGAAGAUGCUUACGAAAGUAUGGACAUUAAAGAUGAAACUAUGGUUGAUUACAACAAUUUGAAACAACACUGCAAAACAUUGGUACUUACUCAUUCGAAGUGCUUUACGACAUCUUUAUUUGCAGCAUUGCAUAUGGGAGCAAAUAUACAUUCUUUCGAUGUUCAAUCAGCUAUGGAUCAAUGUGAGGAGUCAAUUACGGAAAUUGACAUAACUCAAUAUAUAACGACCAUUUGUGCCCAUAUUAAAAACAGCAAUCAAGGGAAUAUAUCCGUUAACGAGCUGAACAAUGCUUUGCCUUGUUUAGAUCUUAAGUCUCUACAUGGUCUCAUUAAAGAAAAGUUCUUCAAGUUGAUCAAUACAAUAUUUUGUCCAAUAGCAACUAAUAACGAAUUCUACUUUUAUAGAAAUUUAAAAAGUGUUGAUGCUGGCGACGAAAAUAUUGCAGAUAGCGACGAUGAAGUGUCGGAUAAUCACUCAGAAAUUAUUGAGUUCAAAUCGGAAGAUGUCAGUAUCUUUUCAGAAGGACCCCAUCUUUUACAAAGAACGGAGAGUGCGGUAAGUGGAAUAAGCGAUCUGGUGCACAGCAAUGAAGUUACUCCUCUUUUCUUGCACCUUAUCUGUACAUUAAAAUAUAAUGGAAGCGAGUGUACCAACACUGCAGUCAGGGUGUUACCCACAUGUUUAGGAGAGUUGAUUCAAAAUUUAGAGACUCCAACUGAUAUAAUUGACCAAACAAACAUCCAAGUGACUUUGGAUAUGUUAUGCCUUACUUUACCACCAGAUGUUCAGAACAUUAUUAACGAUUAUUCCAAACAAGGCUUUAGAAGUACAUCAUUCUCAUCUGAUUUUCAAGCUAGCAUUGGAAGUGAAACUACUGACGCAAGUUUUAAUUCUGAAAUUUCUGAGCCUCUUAAUCAUCUCUCAGAUGCACAAAAUAAAUCAAUAAUGACAUUAAACGAAGAAAUAAAGUGGCUGCUUAGGGAUGAAAUAUGUACGGCUCUGUUAGAUAAAGAACCUGUUAAGAAAGAUACUCUAGCCUAUGUCAUGAACCAUGUAACGGAAGGAGUCAGUCGUGCGACUAAAUCGUGUACUCAAGAUUCCAUUAAACUAAAUUUUGUUUAUCCGUCAACUCACAGUUAUGAAAAGUUUGUCGAGGAGUUCGCAAAUUUAAAACUUCCGUACAGUGGGUACAAGUUAUGUAAAGAAGAGGAUUUAUACUACUUAGUUAAAGAUCAAAUUGAUAGUAGCGAUAGUAGUACUCACGUACAAAGCAGCGUAGAGUUGAGCACAUAUACUGGAAACAAUUUAAGUGCGCAAUCUAGUGGAUUUCUCAAUGGGGUACCUGAGCCAAACAUAAAUGAAGUGUUCAUUACUUCCGAGGAUGUGGCUAGUACUGAUCAAAAUUGCAAGGAGCACAUUUCUCAACAGAGUGAUGUUUCAAGCAUUAAUGAUAGUGCUGCCGGAACCGAUGGAGGUUAUGAAGAAGAUGUUAGCGAAGAUUUUGAAGACUAUGAUUGGUUAAUUACUUUGAAUAAUAAAAGAGCACAUCUCCCCAAUUUUUGGCUUGUAACAAAAGUUGUACAAGAAGAAGUCACCGUCUAUUUUCAUUGCAGGUUUAUCGAAUUACCUACUGUUCAAGUCAGAAUAUAUCUAGAAGUUCAAAGGGCAGUAUGUGAAGCUGUGAGAGACCUUUGCAAAAAGAUAAAUCAACUACUCCUUUUACAAACUCUUUACGAAACUAGAACAUGUGAUGCACUUUUGGAACCUGACGACAGCAAUGAUAUGUGCAAUUCUCCUAUAUCAAGAAUUCCUUCUUUUGGAAGAAUGAAAAGUUAUGAUUACGCAGAAGUGAGUGAAGAUAGUGAUAUAAUCUCAUAUGCAACAAGUCUAACAGACGCAUCGCUGAACUUUAAAAUUGGUGAAUUCAGUUGUCCAGUUGUGUGGGAAACUCCCUUUAUUUUACACCCACGGUUAAAAACAGGUCCCGGAAAAGCCGGAUUAUCAAGAGGAAUAUUGGCAUUGAAGAAUAUUCUUGAUAAAUUCUCCGUUUCUAAUAGGAAUAAUAUGUUUGUUUAUAGAGAUAAUCAGAAAAAUGUUUUUUACUUAAGGCUUCAAGAAAAUAUGAAUUAUACUGGUAUGAAAUCAUCUAUGUUGAGAUCUAUUGAUUUUGAAUGCAGCACCGUCUCUAGAAGUCCAUCUAUUGCUUCGUUGCCAUUCUGUCAAAAUAAGUCAACAUUGACACAAUCAGAACAGAGCAUAACGUCAGCUACUUCGAGUGACAUACGUCCAAGGGUGCGAUCUUUUGGAGAAAAGGAGACGAAAGACCCACCAAACGAAGAUACUCUUGUCCUUAAAGUACAUGGAAUCAAUGAAGCAGGCUCCGAUGUUCAACAUGAUCUAGUUCAGGUUCUCCAAAACCGGUUGGAUGAUGCAGUGUUAGAGUUUUUGUCAAUUAUGCUGGCCAGGAAUGCUAUGUGUCCUUUAACGCCAGAAGACGUGCAUUUUAUUCAAAGGCCAUUUAAAUUACCAGAAGUUGUGAUCAGAUUGACAAUUCAAGAAUUUGCUUUCUGUUGGUUGGAUUCGUUUAUUCACUAUCUCAAACAGAACCUCCUCCAAUUUCUAAAUGUGCCCAAAUAUACUGACAACCGACCACACUACCACUUUAAAGAUUAUGCGGAAGAGAAUGAUCCAAAUAUAUUAACCAAUGGUGAUAAUCUUUUUCUUUACAACCAAAGUCAAAAUCCUUCUUCGGGUAGCCGUGGAAUUGCUUGUAUAGCAUUAGCUUUUGUUACUUCCCUUCAAGACUCAGGACCAAAAACCAAAUCGUUUAAUUUUUCCAAAAUGUUUGAAUCAGGGAAAUUCGCUGCUACAGUCAAUUCGGAGAUUCUCGACAAUAAUGGUACACUGUCCGAUUUCUAUCUUGAAUUUAGGCUCUGGAAACAAGGUCGUGUAAAUAUUGAGAAUUUAUCUGAAAAAUUGAAAUCGGCAGUAUCUCAAGCAUCUUGGGAUAUUAUAACUGAAUAUUACUUAUUAACAAAUCCAUUGUGUAGCGAAGACGACAAAUUAAACGAAAAUACUGGUGCGGCAUCGAUAAAAAUGGACCCAAGCGUGUUUAAUUUUGACGAAGAAAUAGAUUUUAACUGUAAUUUUAAUAUGGAAUCCGAUAAAUAUAUUAGAGAGUCGGUGAUGCAUACAGAAAAGCCGAAAAUUGACCAUUUUACGUCAAAGAAAAAGAAAAAUAGGCAGACAAUUCCUCCAACUUUUAAAUCUACUAUCAACUUCGAUGAAAGUAUUAGGCAAAGAGAACUAAUGAGAGAUCGCACAAAUUCCUUAAAAACGAAUAGGUUAAACUCUCUUGAAAGCGGAGAUUCCGGUGUUUUAUCAUCGAUUUACUCGAAAUACUUACCAGAUUGGCUUGAAUUUGGCGAUAACCUAAAUGCUCCAUCAGUCAAAAAACACAAAAUCAACCUCCAAAAUCGCCAUUUACCAAAUGUUAUAAUAGCGGAACUUUUAAGCAUUCUAAAAGAUUCAUCAAAGGCUUUUAGAUGUAUUUCUACGAGUUGUAUUCGUAACGGAAGUGAUGAUCUGUAUGUACCAUAUGUAGCUUCUAGCCUUAUACCCAAAUAUAUAAUUAUUUCGAGGAACUUCGAUCAUUGGUAUGCUACUGUUUCAGCCCAAGAUGCAAGUGAUCUGCCUGAUUUCAUGAGUCCUCAUGUUUUAAAGCACACACAGAAAUUUAUACCAGACAUAUCAAAUAAUAAGUUUAUACCUAGACAGAAAAUUCUUUGGAUAUCUGUUGAAAAUGAUUGUAUUUUAAUUUACACAUACAACUGGGCUAAAGAAAUAAUAGACAAACUUUAUACAAGCUGUUCAAAUCUAGGAUCAUGGCUUUGCGUACGGUCUUGCUUACUAAAUUCUAUCACCUCUCAAAAGUUGGGAAUAUUUCAUAACCAGCCCCUUACAAGGAAAGUAUUUAUGAUUCCCAAUAAUCCAUAUGCUAGUUUAUUAGGAAAUAUUGAUGCAACGACAACAUUUCCAAAAGAUCAUUCUCUUAAAAGGCAACAGUUGAGUUAUAACUUGCCUGCUACUUUAGAAGCUUUUAGGGACAAUUUUAAAGCCAGUAAGUUAGCAUCUACAGAUCCGGUUGUUACAUUUACAUCAGAAAUUGGCGAAAUGAAGACGAUAGAAAAAAGAAACAGAGAAGAACUGAAAACCCUUCACGCUAUGUAUCAGUCUAGAACUAGUACUACCAGUGUGCCUCAGAUAUUUUUGUUAUUACAGAACUCCAGAAUUGUUCAUUACUGUCACACACCUUUGUUGUUUCUGUCUAGGUGGCGAUUAAAAGCUGCUUCUACCAGAGACCAUUCUCUAUAUCCAUCACACGCUAUUCAAAUCACAGAUAAAAUGGCAAACGAGGACCUGGAAAUGUGGCAUACAGAAUUAUGUUAUGGAUUUUUCUCGGAAUAUAGACAUUAUAUGCAAACUCUUGGAUUCAUGCCUCUCCAAAUUGAUGAUCCUCAUAGCAGACAAGGGAUUUGGACCAAAGACAAAUCAUCUUACAAUAAUGUAUUUUAUAUUCAAAAAACUAUUUUGGGGGGCAUUUUAAUUUUUACAGUAGAAUUUUGUGAGCCAUUUUUUAUGACUAAGCUUUUGGCAAUCGAGUGUAAUAGACUACAAAACAUAAGUUCUCGAGCUUCUAUAAAUAGGUUUACCUUGAGUUUUUUGGACGAAUGUGACAGAGUUAAAAUCUUAAUGCAUCUUCACUCAUUUACAUAUGAUUAUCAUUUGAGAUGCAUUUAUAAUUAUAUAUCAGGAAAUCCAGGGGUUAACAAAGUCUGUGAUCGCUAUAAUGUACAUCAAUUUUUGGACGACUUCUUGAAAUAUUACAACAAAGCUCCUAAUUUCGCCAGGAACUUAGUUCAUACAGACACUCUUACCAUCAAAGAUUUGGUCACAGAAGGAAAGCAGCUAUUUGAGUACCUAUUACAUAAUGUCAACCAAUAUGAUUUCAAAGUGGUUGAAAUGGAAUCGCAUGAAAGUGAACCUGAAUAUAUAUUGGUACAAGUAACAAGUGCUCCUCAAGUCUCUUACAAGGAUUCCCAAGACCAACAACACACUGAUGAUUUUGACAUAACUUUGAUAGUCUAUAACCUGUGUGCUCCUUUUAGUCCUAAAGACAAUGUUUUACAUUUGAAAUAUUACUUACUUCUAACAUCUAAAAGGGAAGUCUAUCCAAAAUCUGAAAUAGAUGAAAAGUUGGGAAAAUUCAGAACAGUCUCGUCGACAGCUAGAAGUCUUUCUGCAUCAGAACGCGAACAAGACGAGUGUGAGUCUAGUUUAGAGAAAAAUCUAAAUGAAUCAGACUUUUUGAGUUCAAGUGAACAGCCAAUGACGUCAAUCAAUGUCAGCAAUGAAACAUUGAACAACGAAAAUUCCUGCAAUAAUCACCAUUCCGCUUAUUUACCUUAUGUGGAAAUUAACCAAGAAUCCGUUAAUUAUUUAGGAUAUUAUUCGUCACAUGAACAAUUAAUGCAGCAAUUAAUUUUAGAUAAAGCCAGCACGACCAAGAAAAACAUCAGGGAGAUAGUUAAGAAAGGUAUGGUUCACUGCAGAACACAUUUACUCUGGAACAGGUUGAUAUCCCCAAAAGAAUCUAGUGCGUUAACUUACGACGAAUUUUUGGAACUUAGGAAUUUGGCAAGACUGGAACAUGUCUGCAAUCUGCACCCUAAUUUGGGACCACUUCUCAACCAACCAAUUACAUGGUAUCAAAACUUUGCUAAACUCUUGUUGGUAAAAUAUGUGGACCAUACCAGAAGUUUUUACUCGGCAGAUGGCAACAUAUUGCACUAUGUUAUUUUACACCAAGAAUAUUUUAGUGCUUUUAUGCUUUUGUCUUUGGAUCUUCACACUUCACGAGGAGAAAUGUAUGCCGUGUAUAGAGAACCACAAAUGCAAGAAAAUUUAGAAUUUUCUCAGGUAUGUCAGAAGGAACUACUUGAUGGAUUCGUAAACUGUAUCUGUUUUUACCUAUGGUCAGGAAUGAUUUCCAACUGACGUUCGAAGUUUUGGCCUUAAAACUUAAUCCGAUUAAGUCAAUUAAACAUUUUUGAUUUGUUUGUUAUUUUUAAUUAGUUUUUACUAAUUCAGCUUGGUUUAUCAGGAGCUCAGUAUACUGUGAUAUUAUAUUUGUACAAAUUAAAAUAUUCCUAGUGCCUGACAAUUUAGUGUUCCGAAGUAUACUGUCGAUUUUAUAUAUUUUAUUUUAAUAUUUGACUAUUUUAAUGAGUGCCAUGUUGUGCC